AUGAAGCUGGAGAGCAAGCUCCAGCAAAACAACAGGGAUGUGUGGCUAGAAAUGAAGACCAUCACUGGACUCCCAGCACAACUCUGUAAACUCUGUCAGCUGCAGAAAUACUCUGAUGACUGCAUUUGUGGGAUUGACAGUGAGUCGGGCCAGAUUCCUCAUAAAGGUACAAAGAAAAGGAGGGUGAAAAGAAAAUACUAUGAAAGCUACUUAGCACUGGGAUUCAGCUACUCUGGCCCCGAAGACGAGCCGUUACCUGUUUGCGUUUGUUGCUAUGAGGCACUGGCUAACGAGAGCAUGAAACCGUCAAAUCUUCGCCGGCAUCUGGAAACCAAGCAUGGGGAAUUUAAGUCCAAGCCAGUCGAGUUUUUCCAAAAUAAGCUCCAGGAAUACCGCUCAAGCAAGAAAGUGAUGGAAUCGACAUCUGCAGGUGGUGCUACUGCUAAAGCAGUGCAAGUUUCAUACCGGGUGUCCCGAAUCAUAGCUAAAAAAGGGAUGCCACAUACAAUCGGGGAGGAGGUGGUGCUGCCAGCUAUUAAAGAGACUGUGGGUGUCAUGCUGGGUGACAAAGCGCGAAAGCAAAUGGACUUGAUUCCAUUAUCAGACAACACUGUGCAGCGCAAGGAGGAGAUGGCCAGCAAUGUAAACGACCAGCUAAUAUCGCGGAUCAAAGCCAGUCGAUUUUUUGCUCUUCAGCUGGACGAAUCCACGGACAUAGUGAACCUCGCCAACUUGCUCGCCUACGUAAGGUAUGAAUACAACGGAGAAAUAAAGGAGGACUUUCUCUUUUGUAAACCUUUGCAGACACGCACAACCGCAGAGGCACUUUUUGACAUGUUGAACGGUUUCAUCACAGAACAUGGGAUUGAUUGGUCAAGAUGCGUGGGAAUAAGCAAAGACGGGGCUGCAGCCAUGGUAGGCCAACACAGCGGCCUUGUUAAACGUGUGCAAGCAGUUGCUCCGCAAGCGAAAUCCAUCCACUGCAGCAUCCACAGAGAGGCUCUCGCAGCCAAAAGAAUGCCUCCUGAUCUCAAAACUGUUCUGGAUGAAGCCGUAAAAACUGUAAAUUUCAUCAAGGCCCGCCCGCUGAAUUCAAGACUGUUUUCAGUUUUAUGCGACGAGAUGGGCAGUGAGCACCGACAAUUGUUGCUCCAUACGGAGGUCCGGUGGCUGUCAAGAGGGAAGGUGCUUGCAAGGCUUUACGAGUUGCGCGAUGAGGUGAGACUGUUUCUUCUUGAUUCCAAGUUCGACCUUUCUGGCCGAAUGAUUCGAAUCAUUUGAAUCAAUUUGCAUCAUUCGAAUUCAAUGAUGCAGACUGGGUUGCCAAGUUGGCAUAUCUGUCUGACAUUUUUGAGCACUUGAACUGAAUAUUUGUGGGGUAUGUGUUGGACUGAAUAGG